AGCUAGCCUGUUCCGAUCGAAAGGUGAGAGAAAUUUUCGAGGAGGCGCGAGCAGAAAAUAAACGUGCAGGGCCCCACCCCCGUAGAACUUUCUGUGGCGGUCCAUUUUUGGGCUCCCCACCUUGGGAGCUUCGCUUCGAUUACCGCGUCCUCGCCGAGGAAGAAGCUUUUCGAAGCACCCUCGGGACACUCGACUCGCGCCACUCUACUCGCUCGGGUUAGCGAACUCGAUAGUUUCUUGAAGGAAGGGAAAAAGGAAAAGCCGCCACCAUGGACGCGAUCAAGAAGAAGAUGCAAGCGAUGAAGCUUGAGAAGGACAACGCGAUGGAUAAAGCCGAUGCCUGCGAGGCGCAGGCGAAGGAGGCGAAUAUGCGCGCGGACAAGGUGAACGAGGAGGUCGGCGAAUUGCAGAAGAAGCUCGCCCAGGUGGAAGGCGAUCUCGAAGCGAACAAACAAAAUUUGGAACAAGCGAACAAGGAUCUCGAGGAGAAGGAGAAAGCUCUGACCAACGCCGAGUCCGAGGUCGCCGCUCUCAACCGAAAAGUGCAACUGAUCGAGGAGGAUCUGGAAAGAUCCGAGGAACGAUUGAACACCGCCACUGCCAAAUUGGCCGAAGCUUCUCAGGCCGCUGAUGAAUCCAGCCGUAUGUGCAAAGUAUUGGAAAAUCGUGCACAGCAGGAUGAAGAGAGGAUGGAUCAGCUGACCAAUCAGCUAAAAGAGGCACGUCUGCUUGCCGAGGACGCUGAUGGAAAAUCGGACGAAGUAUCGCGAAAGCUGGCCUUCGUUGAAGAUGAGUUGGAAGUCGCUGAAGAUCGAGUCAAGUCUGGUGAAGCCAAGAUCAUGGAACUGGAAGAGGAACUGAAAGUCGUCGGUAACAGCUUGAAAUCUCUGGAAGUAUCCGAAGAGAAGGCCAAUCAAAGAGUCGAGGAAUUUAAACGUCAGCUCAAGACCUUGACGGUGAAACUAAAGGAGGCCGAAGCUCGCGCUGAAUUUGCUGAGAAAACUGUCAAGAAACUCCAGAAGGAGGUCGAUAGGCUCGAAGACGAAUUGGGCAUCAACAAGGACAGAUACAAAUCACUCGCCGACGAGAUGGACUCCACAUUCGCCGAAUUGGCAGGAUAUUAAGUUACUUUGUCCUUUUAUGCUUCCUAUAUUAAUUACAUGUCAUGCGUGGGGAUGGAACUAAAAUGUUUCGCAUAAAGGACUCUAAAACACGACCAAUCGUUGCACGACAAAUCAGCGAAAGAGGUAUAGGCUGAGGAUAGAUCGUCGAAAAUCGGAUAUCAUUCGUCUAAUUAUACGACGUUAUCGCGACGAAGAUGGUCAAUGUAUGGAGAUCCGUAAGGAAUUUUACUCUGUUACACUGUUGUACGAAAUAUUACACAAGACCCAAUAAACUGCUGUAAUGUGGUAUGCGUUACUAAUUA